AAAUAAAAGAGUUCAACGUAAAACAGUCAAUCCGCUUCGCUUUGAAAAAGCAUGAUGAUUACGUAAUGUUUGGAAUGGUUGCUGUGGCUUUAGAAUUGGUUCCUCUUGCUAAUUUUGUUUUUUUCUGGACAAAUGUUGUUGGAGCUGCUCUGUGGACUGCUGAUGUUAUUAUUGAAGAACAGAGAGGUGCUUCAAGACGGUUAGUUAAUUCACAUGGUUUAAUCGCGAAUGUAGGUGGAGCUGGAAUACCUCAUUACGCUGUCCAGAGAAUGAAUAAUGAUUCUUAUG